ACGCGCGCCGGUUGUUAUGGUUGCCGCUCCACUCCGGUCUAUUUUUCUUUUCCAACGAUAUUAUUGCUGUUUUGCUACUUUCAUCCUUACUUUUGAAAUGCGGAGGAUUGCUUUUGAUCAUACUGUCUCUGGAUUCUCUGCGUCGCUGUCAUCUGCUGCUUUGUUUUUCUUACCGGCAUCGGCUGGUUACGCUAGCUGUUUCAGUUACCGACCCACCGCUAUUGGUGCUUUUGGCUGUCUGCGAGCCCGCUCCAACUGGUUUGCACCCAUUACAGCUCUGCUGUGUAUCGAGAGAUUAUGGCGAGAUGUAUGGACUGCAGUGACCAGCGUGUACUAUGAUGUCCUCCACUAUCUUGAGGAAGGCAACUAUCUUGACAUUGCAGACCAAACACAUCUUUUCUGUUGCCAUUACACCUUUGUACCAAGACUUCAAGAUGACCUGGACAUUUUUCGAGAUGGCUGGGACAACCACCCCUUAAGAACAGAAGGCAACAUGACUCCGAACCAGCUGUGGGCAAUAGGACAUGUUUAUAAGCCAGUUCAGGAGCCCCAAAAUGAGGAGGUGUUGGACAUCCCAGAGAUUGAUUGGGAGAGCAGUGGGUUACCUCACAUUAGAAAUGCUGGAAUUCAUGUUCCUGCAACAGGCUGUCCACUUACAGCAGAGCAGUUUACAGCACUCAGAGACUUCAUUGACCCCAGAGCAACAUCACAGUCACGUGGUGCUGAUAUCUAUAUGGCUGCCGUGCAGUUCUGCCAGGCUCUUUUGGAGUAA